UUUCCAGAGGUGCAGACGUUCUUAGACCCCGAACCGGACGGCCGACGACACCACACCCCCCUCCCUCCUCCUCCUCCCCUCAGGCGACGACUCCAUACCUCGAUUUUCUCGAUCCGGUAUUUUCCAAAAUUGCCUCCCGACCGACAACACUUACACUCAUCCACCACCCGAAAAUACACCUCGCCCAUCAUGGAGGAUGUCUAUGCCGCCCUCGGCGAGGAGAGCAUCCUGCCCAAGCUCGCGUCGCAGCUGUCCCGCCACCUCGUCUUCCCGCUGAUCGAGUUCGAGGCCGGCCGUGCCGAGGAGAAGGGCGACGAUGCCGGUGCCCGCAAGAUCCUUGCCGGCAAGAUCAAGCUGCUCGAGGAUACCAACAUGGCCGACUACGUCGCCCAGCUGUACCAGGACCUCAACGGCGGCGCCGAGGCGCCUGCCGAGUACGCCAAGAAGCGCAACGAGGUUAUUGCGCAGCUUGAGAAGUACGAGCAGGACACGGCCAAGAUCUCGGAGCUGUUGACUCGCGAGGACGUCGUUGGCGCCCUGCGCAGCGACAAGGUUGCCAACUUGGAGUUCUUGAAAAAGGACCACGAUGUCACCAUCGAGAUGGUCAACGCCCUGUACGAGUUUGGCCAGUUCCAGUUCCGCUGCGGCAACUACGGCGCCGCUGCCGAGCUGCUGUACCAGUUCCGUGUCCUGUCCACCGACAACGACCGCGUCGCCUCUGCCACCUGGGGUAAGCUCGCCUCCGAGAUCCUCACCACCAACUGGGACUCUGCCGUCGAGGAGAUUAUGAAGGUCAAGGAGAGCAUCGACAGCAAGCUCUUUAACAACCCCCGCGCGCAGCUCGACCACCGCACCAUGCUGGUCCACUGGGCCCUCUUCCCCCUCUUCAACCACGAGGCCGCCCGCGAGCCCAUCCUGGACCUCUUCUUCUCCGCCGCCUACAUCAACACCAUCCAGACCGCCUGCCCGUGGGUCCUGCGCUACCUCAUCGCCGCCGUCAUCACCGGCCGCUCCCGCUCCCGCAACUCCUCCCUGCAGGCCAAGCAGAUGAAGGACAUUAUCCGCUACGUCCGCCAGGAGGCCUACGAGUACGCCGACCCCGUCACCGAGUUCGUCUCGGCCCUGUACGUCGCCCACGACUUCAACGCCGCCCGCGAGGCCCUCCGCAAGGCCGAGGAGGUCUGCCGCGCCGACUUCUUCCUCAUGUCGUCGUCCGACGCUUUCGUCGACGCCGCGCGCCACCUCAUCUGCGAGAGCUACUGCAAGAUCUUCUCCCGCAUGAACAUCCGCGACCUCUCCGCCAAGCUCGGCCUCAACCCCGACGACGGCGAGAAGUGGAUCGUCAACCUCAUCCGCGAGACCCGCCUCGACGCAAAGAUUGACAGCCAGGAGGGCACCGUCAUCAUGAACCACCCGCCCAACAACGUCUACCAGCAGGUCAUUGAGAAGACGAAGGGCGGCUUCUUCCGCACGCAGGUGCUCACCGCCGCCGUCUCCAAGUAG